AUGGAUCCAGUGUCCAUCUUUCAGAUAGUGAGCUCAGCCGUCUCCCUAGGCGACGUGGUAGUGAAGUGUAUCACUAGGCUGAGCUCACUCAAAUCCAAGUAUCAUGAUGCCCCAAUAAUCUUGUCUACUAUGAUUGGCCAGUUGUACAUGGUUCAAGUAGCAAUUGAACAGUUGUCUGAAUGGAGCAAAGCGGAACGCAGUCACGACCCGAGGUAUCAACAGCUGGCGGUGCAGGUCAGCCACUCUCUCGACAGCUUUGAUCUUCUGAUACUGGCUCUUCAACAGCUGUUGGAUUAUGUUGACUCUGCGGCGCCCGCCCCUAUGAGUGUAAAGCGGAGAAUUGCCUUUCUCUGGAGCGAGAAAGAAAUGGCUGGGUACUCGGUCCUCCUGGAUCGACAGGCCAACGCGCUGAAUCUAUUACUGCAAGCAAUACAAUGCCGAGAUUGGUCGCAGCAGAACGCCGUUAUAAGCCAAGAAGAAAACCAGGAGAUAUUGAGGCUCGCUAGAGACUGCUCAUCCUCCAUCAUUGGCCUUGAAGACUCAACGAGUUUUAUAACGGAGAACACGGCUGACAUUAGUGUCGAGUUUGAUUUUGAUGCAGUCAUUCUUGGAUCUAAGACUUACCGGGCGGCAGAAAGGUCCCAUCUACGACAAGCUAUUCGAGCUGGGAGACCUCAGACUGAUAUGGCCAACGAACUGGAUGCGGAUAGUAUCAACUCAUCUUUGCCUACGGAUAAAAGAGAUGGACCUGGUUCAGAACAAAGCAUCCCUGAAGCACGGUUUGCUCAGACUCCGAAUACUCAAAUGAGUUCACUGAAAACGCCAAGCCAGAAGCCUGUCGCGAUGCGCAGUUUCGAGCAGCACCUGAACAACCGUCAAACUUAUGUAGCAGCCAGCCCCAAUAACCGGAACGAUUCGACUCAACAUUUCUCCCCUGCUAGGAUCUUACGGCAACUUAGAACUCUUGGGUUCGCCGAUGAGAGUAUCAGGCAUUUUGCCAAGGAUAUCGAAAGACUGGCCUCUCCUGAGUAUGUACCUACUAACGAGGACAUUCUCCGAAUCUGGCGUUCCACGAGGAACACCUGGGAGACCACAUUUGACGUCCAUGGCGUCGAAUACCUCUUAUAUGAUAUGGAAGGUGUCCGAAGCCAAAGGAGGCACAGCACGCAUACUUUUAGAGACGUCUCGACAGUGCUUUUCGCCGUCGACACGACAAAUUACGCCAGGGUGUUACAGGAAGAUGAGACAGUGAACCAAAGAGAGGAACAGCUGAGGCUGUUUGACUCAAUCGUUAACAGCAGGCUGUUCACCCGGACCAACUUCGUAGUGAUAUUCACAAAGCUGGACCUCCUCGAGGAAAGGUUAAGGACCUCGCCCGCCGAAGACUUGUUCCUGGAAACCACCACUUUUGGCAGUAUGCAGAAUUACCUCCGUCACCUCGAAGGAAUAUUUAUGGGUCUAGUCAGAUCAGAAAAUAGCCACCGACGGGUUCGAUUUGUGCACACCAGCCUCGUGGGAACGGACUAUCAGAAUCCGGCUCACGAGAUUUUCAGGAUCUUGAGCGAAACUGCGCUAACCCAGUGA